CUUUAAUUGAAGAAAAACCAAAGCAAUAGCUUCUUCCCACAGUGAUUCCUAUCAUACCAAAAUUCAUAAGAAAAUUUAAUCGCACAUGUCAGGAGAUCCAGAUCUUUCUGAACCAUCAGAGGAAAAGGUUCAUAAUGAAGAGACGGAGGAGGAAAAGUUUCAUCUCUUUGGUCGCCAGAAACCAGUGCACAGCGCCCUUGGUGGCGGCAGGCCUGCAGAUGUUAUACUAUGGAGGAACAAGCAGAUUUCUGCAGCUCUACUAGCCGGUGCAACUGUUAUAUGGCUCCUCUUUGAGAGGAUAGGCUAUCAUUUGAUAACUUUCAUUUGCCAUUGUCUCAUACUGUCUUUGGCAACUCUGUUUCUAUGGUCGAACCUGUCCUUCUUUGUCAACAAAGCACCUUAUAACUUCCCAGAAAUAGUAUUGCCAGAGGACUUGUGCAUGAGUGCUGCUAGAUUACUAACAGACAGAUGCAACAAGGCAUUUGCUAUAUUCCGGGCAGUGGCUGUAGGAAAGGACUUGAAGAGACUUCUCUAUGCAAUUUUGGUUUUGUGGGUUUUGUCUAUCAUUGGCGGCUGGUUCGACUUCUUAACCCUAGUUUAUAUCAUAUUUGUGAUGAUACUAACAAUGCCAUUGUUGUACGAGAGGCAUGAAGAUCAAGUGGAUUCUUAUGCUCUAAAGGCAAAAAGCAAACUCCAGAAACAAUACAGCAAAUUGGAUGAAAAGGUUCUUCAGAAACUACCUAAAGUUCCUCUGGGUGCAGACAACAAGCAGCAGUAAUGAACAUCCCUAAACUAUGCUUCAGCAUAUCAGAUGCUUAGUUUUUGCAUGUUUUAGGUUAUUGGCUUUUUGCUUAUGCUAGUGUAGCUAUAAGUUACCAGAAACAAUAUUUUCUGGUCUUGUAUAACUUGGUUUAUAGCUUGCUCUUCUCAAUAUCAUUGUCCACAUAAUGCGUUUUUCAAGUUGAAAUACUUAUUUUAGUAUA